GCUAGUUUCCAUUAAUAGGGUAAUAGUUGUUAAAAUGUUAUUUAUUUUGAUCCACAUAUUAUCUUACAACUGCUACCAUUAAACGUUUACUUCAUUAAACAAAAUAAAUCAAACGGUUAAAAAAAUAAAAAAUAAAUCUAUAAUAACGAAUCACUCUUUUGAACGGUUCUCUCAAAUGAACGCCUCUUCAACCUCCGGCUCCCUUCAAAGAGCCAUAAAUCCUAAUCUUUAGCCUUUAACUUCCGGGUUCGAAUCACGUUGAGAAUCAUUCCGCCACCAGGGGGCGCCAAAUUACACACCGAGACGCCGGCAGGCAACAUGAAUGAGCUAAUCAUGUCGUGUGUGCGUGGCGCGCUCUGUUGAAUGAAUCACGGCCUUAGCGACCUGUUGAAUGAGGGGCUCCUCCAAUCUCCGCCCCUGCCGGCCUGAGCCGGAGUGGAGAAGGAGCGCUCACCAGAAGCUCGUCCGCACGCGCCACGGUCACUUCGAGGCGGCAAAGGACACGCGCAGGCAUGUCGGCACUCCUCCUCAUCCUCGUCCUGGCCCCCGCCGCCAUGAUGCUGGAGUAUCGUUACCACAGCAACGGCGAGAUGGAGCGUUACCUCCGGCAGGUCAACGCGUCCAACCCCGACAUCGCUCACCUGUACACCAUCGGCCAUUCGGUCGCAGGUUCAACCGUAACGGCGUCGACUUGAACAGGAACUUCCCGGACGCCUUCGCCGGCCUGCAGGAGGGUCAGCCGGCAAACGUGGAGAGGAGAGAGGCUGAGGUGCAGGCCGUGAUAGGCUGGUUGAAGACGGAGACAUUUGUCCUCUCGGCGAACCUUCACGGCGGCGCUCUGGUGGCAAACUACCCUUACGACAACAGCAACGGCGGCAACGAGCUGGUGGGUCGGGCGAGCCUCACGCCGGACAAUGACGUGUUCGUCCACCUGGCCAAGGUGUACUCCCACAACCACGCCUCCAUGCAUCAGGGAGGGGGCUGUGACGACGAUGUGUCGUUUGCCGACGGCAUCACCAACGGCUACCGGUGGUACCCCCUGUCAGGUGGGAUGCAGGACUACAACUACGUGUGGGCUCAGUGUCUGGAGCUGACUUUGGAAGUGUCCUGCUGCAAGUUCCCUCCAGCCAAACAACUUCCUGCUCUGUGGUCGGACAACAGGAAGAGUCUGCUGGCCUUCAUCCAGCAGGUGCACCUGGGGGUCAAAGGGCGUGUGUUUGAUGCCUCUGGCGUGCCGGUGCAGAACGCUGUGGUGGAGGUCAAAGGUCGCCGCAACAUGUGUCCCUUUAGGACGGACCGACAUGGAGAAUACUACAGACUGCUGCUGCCAGGAACUUACACCUUCAUGGUAACACUGCCCUCCAGUGGUGGACACGCAAACAACGUUUUCAACUCUGACCUCUGUCUUUGUCAGGUGACAUACCCAGGUCACCGUGUAUUGACGGAGACCUUUAACGUGUCAUACGGUCCGGACCACAACUCGGCCCUCAAACACGACUUCCUGCUGCGUCGCAUCGCCGUGACGACCAUCAACCCGUCACCCCAAGUGGAGGCGGCGGGGGCCACCAAUAAACCCACAUGGACGACGACGACGGUUAUGGGACUCGGGCUGAUGCUCACGCUCAACUCAUUAUUCAGCUGAAGCCAGGUCAGAGGUCAAGAUGACAUGAAUGCACAAACAUGUUGGAGAGAGACGUCCUCCCAGGAACACGUCAGCGGAAGUUUUUUUCCUUUAUUUCCAGACAAAUCCAUCCAUUUUCUACCGCUUAUUCCCUUCGGGGUCGCGGGGGGCGCUGGAGCCUAUCUCAGCUACAAUCGGGCGGAAGGCGGGGUACACCCUGGACAAGUCGCCACCUCGUCACAGGGCCAACACAGAUAGACAGACAACAUUAUUUUGUAAUCACUACCUCAAGCAGAGCUGUGACUUCCUGUCACGUAGAACACUGACUUCCUGUCUGCAGCAGCACUUCCUCUCCCGAUGCCAACUUCCUGUACAGUUGAGACAGUUCGUCAGGGGAUGGCCUCUUGGACUCCGGGGUGCAGGGAAUGUCAAAGUCUGACGACGCCUGAGACUCCGGAAACUCUUCCGGGGAGCCGCUGACGUUCUGCGAAUAGAUGAAGGUGCGAGGAGGAUCUGAGUCCUGGUUCUGUGAGGAAUGGUUGGACAAGGAGGCGGACAGAGCCAGACUAAAGUUGUCAUCCGGGCUCUCCUCCUGUUCGCUGAACACUUCAGGCGUCUGUGAGUCCGUCCUCCUGGAGGGGGAGGAGCCUGGGACGGAGCAGGGCUCUGAUUGGCUGUUGAGGCUGUUCUGGCUGUCCGGUAGGCUCUCCACGGUAAAAAAGUCCUCCCACCUGGGGGGCUCACCUGAGCCACGUUCUGCCUGGGUGUUAACUUCCUCAUCGCUCGCCUCGUCCUCGUCUUCGUCAUUGGACUCAGUACAGUCCAUGUAGUUGUUUGUGUAAAUGUUUGUGCUGGGUGGCAGGAGUGUCGCAUGCACUGAGUCCUCCUCAGAGGCAGGGGGUGCUGUGUUGUGCGGACUGGGAGCUGUCAAACCAAAAAACAGUGAUUAGCGUGUGUGUGUGUGUGCGGACCAGAAGCUUAAACACAGACACACCGUCUUCAACGUGGUGGCUCAGCGUUAGCUUCUUCCUCACUGGCGCCGUGUCCAUCCCGUCAAAGAGCUCAUCAUCGCUGUCGGAAUCUGAUCGGACAAGAGCGAGUGUCAAGGAGCACGAUUAGUAACGAGCCAGAAGACAGUCGCGGUUAGUCUCACCACAAAGCGUUCUGACGGCUACGCUGCGCUUGAGCGCCCCUAGUGGUUUGUAUGUGAACGCCUCCUCUGACUGCUUCCUGCACAUCUGCUGGAGCCUGUUGGAAGACGGACACUUUAGACCAGACCUGGGCAAAUUAAGGCCCGGGGGCCACGUGCGGCCCGUCAAGCUUUUCAAUCUGGCCCGCCGGACAUUCCCAAAUAUUUUUUUUAGAUCAUUAAGAUGGAAAGUGUACCUGCCAUCAUGAUGUGCAGUGAUGUUUUCUAAUGACCGUAAGUCUUCAACUAUACUAAGUAUUUCAAUGGUUGAAAUCUGCGCUUUUGCAUGAUAUACUAGUUACUAUGGUCAUUUAAUUAGUUACUAUGGUACCGUAUUUUUUGGAGUAUAAGUCGCACCGGCCGAAAAUACACAAUAAAGAAGGAAAAAAACAUAUAUAAGUCGCACUGGAGUGUAAGUCGCAUUUUUGGGGGAAAUUUAUUUGAUAAAAGCCAACACUAAGAAUAGACAUUUGAAAGGCAAUUUAAAAUAAAUAAAGAAUAGUGAACAACAGGCUGAAUAAGUGUACGUUAUAUGAGGCAUAAAUUACCAACUGAGAACGUGCCUGGUAUGUUAACGUAACAUAUUAUGGUAAGAGUCAUUCAAAUAACUAUAACAUAUAGAACAGUGGUUCUCAACCUUUUUUCAGUGAUGUACCCCCUGUGAAAUUUUUUUUAAUUCAAGUACCCCUUAAUCAGAGCAAAGUAUUUUUGGUUGAAAAAAAAGAGAUAAAGAAGUAAAAUACAGCACUAUGUCAUCAGUUUCUGAUUUAUUAAAUCGCAUAACAGUGCAAAAUAUUGCUCAUUUGUUGUGGUCUUUCUUGAACUAUUUGGAAAAAAAGAUAUACAAAUAACUAAAAACUUGUUGAAAAAUAAACAAGUGAUUCAAUUAUAAAUAAAGAUUUUUACACAUAGAAGUAAUCAUCAACUUAAAGUGCCCUCUUUGGGGAUUGUAAUAGAGAUCCAUCUGGAUUCAUGAACUUAAUUCUAAACAUUUCUUCACAAAAAAAGAAAUCUUUAACAUCAAUAAUUAUGGAACAUGUCCACAAAAAAUCUAGCUGUCAACACUGAAUAUUGCAUUGUUGCAUUUCUUUUCACAGUUCUUUUUGACAGACAUUUAAAAAAAAUCUCACGUACCCCUUGGCAUACCUUCAAGGACCCCCAGGGGUACGCGUACCCCCAUUUGAGAGCCACUGAUAUAGAACAUGCUAUACGUUUACCAAACAAUCUGUCACUCCUAAUCGCUAAAUCCCAUGAAAUCUUCCUCCCCGGUGUCGCCUCUGGUAUGCGCCGUUUCAUUUCUUUCUGCUGCUCGAUCGCUGUUUUCUGCUGCAUAUUUCCCUACGUCCAGCUUGUAAUCUGCAGUAUAUCAUUUCCUUUUUCUGUGCCAUUUUAGUUCAGCCCUUUUCAGUUUUUAUAAGUUACCGCCAAUUUUGAAAUAAUCCAUUUUAAUAGCUACGAAUGAAGCAGCAGUUAGCAUCCCAUGACCCACAAAGCACUUCUGCCAUGACCCGCCCCCGCCGAAUUCUUAUUGGUUGACGUGUGUGACGAUUGCGGACAUUUGCUUCCUCUCUUACGCGAAUGAGAUAAAUAAUAUUAUUUGAUAUUUUACGGUAAUGUGUUAAUAAUUUCACACAUAAGUCGCUCCGGAGUAUAAAUCGCACCCCCGGCCAAACUAUGAAAAAAACUGCGAUUUAUAAUCCGAAAAGUAUGGCAAUUAGUUACUAUGGUAAUCUAAAUCACAGCAGCUCAGACGAGGCACCAAGCAGUGUGGGUGGGGAGCGUUUCCACGGAGCGUUUCCAGUGCGGCCAGCCUUAAAUACGGAUGUCAGGGACAGACGGGGAAGUAGAUUUUUGCUACAAAGUUCUAAAGCUUAGUGACAUAUCAGAUGUAUCAGAUUGUAGGUGGGGUUUUUUUUACCCUUCGUGUUCAUAUUUCGCUGUGUUUGUUGCAUUUUUGUUGCGUUUCGCUUGAUUGUAAAAUAUGUCGAUCGAGAGGGGGUGUGACAUUCAUAUGUUGUCAAUAUUCAGUGUUUUAUUGUUCAUAGUUAAUAUUGUAAAUCCCACAUUCUUUAUUUUCAUGUACACUACCGUUCAAAAGUUUGGGGUCACAUUGAAAUGUCCUUAUUUUUGAAGGAAAAGCACUGUACUUUUCAAUGAGGAUAACUUUAAACUAGUCUUAACUUUAAAGAAAUACACUCUAUACAUUGCUAAUGUGGUAAAUGACUAUUCUAGCUGCAAAUGUCUGGUUUUUGGUGCAAUAUCUACAUAGGUGUAUAGAGGCCCAUUUCCAGCAACUAUCACUCCAGUGUUCUAAUGGUACAAUGUGUUUGCUCAUUAGCUCAGAAGGCUAAUUGAUGAUUAGAAAACCCUUGUGUAAUCAUGUUCACACAUCUGAAAACAGUUUAGCUUGUUACAGAAGCUACAAAACUGACCUUCCUUUGAGCAGAUUGAGUUUCUGGAGCAUCACAUUUGUGGGGUCAAUUAAACGCUCAAAAUGGCCAGAAAAAGAGAACUUUCAUCUGAAACUCGACAGUCUAUUCUUGUUCUUAGAAAUGAAGGCUAUUCCACAAAAUUGUUUGGGUGACCCCAAACUUUUGAACGGUAGUGUACAUUCUGGGUGUCUCAUUCAGUAAAAAAUUUUUUAAUUCCAUUCCGUUUUUUUAAAGCGGUCUGUCAUAACGUUUUUAGCAUUCAAUCAGACAUUAUUGUGAGGUUUUGUAUUCGUGUUCCUAAAAACAGAUAUACCGGCCCCAGACACACUUUUCCUUUAAAUUUGGCCCCUGAGUCAAAUGAAUUGCCCAGGCCUGCUUUAGACCGUCAGGCCUCGGCGUGUCAAAGAGCACACAUGUAGCAUGUUAGCUAACUUGGCUCAUUACAGCCACUUACAUCUGCGUGACUUGGCUGACCGUGUGUCCCAGCGGGAUGACGUUGGGAUAGACGUGGACAGGCUGGAGGUGGGACAGGAAGUCUUUAAUCUGAAAGAUAGAACAGAGUGGCUGGCGACGUGUGACUUUCUGGGAUAAAAAGAAGGAAGUAAACAGACCUCACAAUAGGACGAGUGGAAGCUGAAACAGGCUCGGAAGGAAGUGCUUCCUGAUCUGGAAGGAAAAAGAAGCUGAUGAUAAUGCCAUGCAAGUACAGCAGUGCCUCAGUUUUUUUUACACCAACAUUCUUCAACUUUGUCCUUUUUAUUAGUUUACCGUCUCUGUAAUCGUCGGUCAACUCGGGAGCGAUCAUGUUUUUGCUGGGUUGGAAAUAAAAAUAGUGACAUUAUCAUAAUGUACCGUAUUUUCCGGACCAUAGAGCGCACCGGAUUAUAAGGCGCACUGCUGAUGAGCGGGUCUAGUUAGGUCUAUGUUCAUACAAAAGGCGCACCGGAUUAUAAAGCACAUUAAAGGAGUCAUAUUAUUAUGAUUUUUUUCUAAAUGUAAAAGACUUCCUUGUGGUCUACAUCAGAGGUCCCCAACCACCGGGCCGCGGCCCGCUCGAUUGGUACCGGGCCGCAGAAGAAUUUUUUAUUAUUAAAUCAACAUAAAAAACACAAGAUACACUUACAAUUAGUGCAUACUUGCCAACCCUCCCGUUUUCAGCGGGAGAAUCCCGGUAUUCAGCGCCUCUCCCGACAACCUCCCGGCAGAGAUUUUCUCCCGACAAACUCCCGGUAUUCAGCCGGAGCUGGAGGCCACGCCCCCUCCAGCUCAAUGCGGACCUGAGUGGGGACAGCCUGUUCUCACGUCCGCUUUCCCACAAUAUAAAUAGCUUGCCUGCCCGAUGACGUCAUAACAUCUACGGCUUUUAGAGAGUAGAGUGCACAACAAGGUUCUUGGUUUCUUAUGUGGGUUUAUUGUUAGGCAGUUUCAUUAACGUCCUCCCAGCGCGGUAACAACACACAACAACAGCAGUCAUGUUUAGUCUACCGUAAAGCAGUUCGUCUGCCGUAAACAGCAAUGUUGUGACACUCUUAAACAGGACAAUACUGCCAUCUACUAGAUAGCCUGCAGA